AUUAAACCGUGCUCAAUGCUCGCUGUACGAACAACCCUAUCUGGUGGUGGUUGAAACAAAUUCAAUGAUUUCCGGUUUAACUUCGACGCUUACCCGCGAAGUGUUUAGUCUAAUGUCAAAAUCGGCUAGGAGUCUGCUGUCCACCGUGGUGGAAACGUGAUCAAUCGAGGCCUCGUGUCCAUGGAAUCGGUAUUCGCUGUUGCUCUUCUGUGGGGUUGCACGAAUCCAUUACUUGGUAAACGAGCUAGAGUGUUGAACCAUCGUGAUUUUUUGUGGCUGCCUUCGUGGCUUUCGCACUUCAUUUGUUUGAUCACGGACUGGAAAUUCUUGUCGGUAUUUCUUGUCAAUCAACUUGGAUCCAUUUUGUUCGUGUGGUCCUUGGGACAUCAACGAUUAAGUGUCGUCGUCCCGGCGUGUAACUCGUUGACAUUCGUUGUUACCGCAUUGGCCGGCGUGUUUUUGGCGAAUGAUCCUUUCCCGUGUAAGCGAAGCAUCGCUGGCAUGUCACUUAUAAUAUUAGGAGUGGCUCUCAGUUGUUCAGAUUGAAAGCUCCGCAAGAUUCAUAUUUAUAGAAAAUGUCAGCAUACAAUAUGUACGUAUUUGGGAAGAACGGUCUUCUCCUUCACUAUUCUGAAUGGAAUCGGAAGCGGAGGUCGAACAUGACGCUCGAUGAGGAGGCAAAGUUGAUGUACGGGUCUUUAUUCUCAUUGAAAAAUUUCUGCCGAAAAGUGUCUCCUUUGGACUUCAAAGAUGGCUUUAUGUGUUAUAAAACAACAAGUUACAUGCUUUCGGUGUUGGAAACAUUGACCGGAUUGAAGUUCGUCAUCAAUACUGAUCUAAACCUCUCGGGGACUCGUUCUCUUUUGGAAAAAAUUUAUUCCGAGGUUUUCGUCGAGUACGUGGUGAAAAACCCAAUGUGGCAGAUCGGUCAACCGAUUCAAAGCGAGCUGUUCAAAACUAAGUUGCAUGAAGUCGUGAACCAACAUGUUGCUUCUGUACAGCGGUCUUAAUUCCUUGCAUCGCGAAAAUUCAUUUUUAUUGUGAUUUUUGAGAAUUAUACUCAUGUAAAGCA